GUCGUCGACCGUUCCGCCGGCGAUGAAAUUAAAGAGCAUCAGUUCUUAUUCUGUGUUCAAGUAUGAAGACCAUCGAUGAUUGGAAGCUGACAGUUUAUCUCGUGGGUCUGUCUAUCAUCACUUCGCAUUUCGUCUACGCACAUGAAAUUCCAAGACAUGACAAGUAUUGGAAGAAUAGAUUACACAGAAACCAAAACUUUCAUUUAAAUCAAAGAUUUCCUCAAUUAACUAGUCGUCAUAAUUAUCAGGAAGACAAUUGGAAGUUGAUUAAUGAUCAAAAUUUUAAUAAAAAUGACCAGUUUGAUUCUAGACAUGUAUACAAUAAGGCUUUUCCUACAAAAGUGCCUCUUGAUAGAAGUGAAAAAUGCCCAGUUUCAAUAGUAAAUUGUAAAAGAAAUACAAAUGGUAGACAAGAACAAAAACAAGAUGAAUUAGAUUUUGAACAAAACAGAAGAAAAAAUGCUGAAAUAAUAUCUGAUUGGAAUUAUUCAGAUCUGAAAAAAACUAAUCAUUGGAAAAAUUUACAUAAAUACCAGCCAGAUAAAAUAUAUCACCAAAAAAAUCCAACUUUAGAAGCAAUUCUUGUAGUUCAGGAGGAAGAAAAUCCAUUAAGAGAAGAAAAAAUUACAUCAUCUACUAGAAGUGCACCACAUCACAACGAAAGAAUAAAACAAAUAUUGUCUCAAAAUAAUUAUGAUCCUUUAAGAAUGGAAGCUACUGCUGGAUCUCCUCAUUUUGCCGAAUCAAGAGAUUAUUCAUCUGUACGAAAUGGAUUUAUUCCCGUAUCAGGACCAUUUGGAAAUUCAGAGCAUUAUAAUCCAAGAAGUAGACAGAGCUAUUUAUCCAAAUUGGAAUCUCAAAUUUCUCAAGAAUAUGUAAUUCGUAAUUAUCCCACUCAAUCCAGAAUGGAAAAAUCAUAUCACAAGAAUAAAGCUGGUAGAGUGGCAUUGGGAAGUGGAAAUUUUGAAAUUUUACGUGGAGGUACAUUCCCUGAAGGAGAUGAUUUCACAUAUCCACACCAGCAAAUGAGUGAUGCUUUAUUUGAGAGAGAUAUCUAUCAUAAUCCAAUAUUAGGAUUUCAAGGAUUUAAUCAUUUUAAUUCUCCUCUUCAGGGUUCUCUAUCUAACAAUGUUCAUGUUUCAUUAUCUCCAGGGGAUUCUGGAAAUUCUCCUAAUCACUUCUUUCCUACUUCCAUUAAUCUUCAAGCAAUAUCAUAAUGAUGAAAAAUCUCCUACUUACAAGAAGUUUGACAACUCUUCAAAGAAAAUAUUUAAUGGCUGCAUUCAGCAGACUGAACAGUUCUAAGCUGUUGAGUAUUUUUCUGCUGAAUUCCCUCUACAGUAGUGCUGUUUCAGAACAUGUUUGGUGUUUUGACAUCACAUUCAGUAGUGUCUUUCAUUCAUGCUACCUAUUGCUAGCUGAAACUGACUAAUGAUAGCUGCUUCCUGUUCCAGCACAUAUGUCACUCAUCAUUCAGCAGAUGCAACUACAUAACAGCUACCGAUUGAAACACCUUUGCUCAAUUACAGUUGUUGACUCUGAUGAAUGCAGCCAAUAUGUUACAAGUUAAUAUGUAAUAUUUACUGUACUUGAAUCCAUUAUUGUUAUACUUUUAAUCAGUUUGUAAUAUAACUUGUGUAUAUAAAAAAAUU